UCUAAGAUCUCCCCUCUCUCUCUCUCUCAAUUCGGUUUGUACCUUUUGUCAUAAAUCCUGUUUCUUCAACCUUUUCUUCUUUUUUGGCACCUAAGUAUCUAUUUUGUCAAACAAGAGGGGCCCUUUUUUCAGUGCUCCAGAGCCGACUGGCCUAUGGAGAACAUACUCAAUUCAGUGGAGAAUAUGCAAGAAACGCCUUUUAAGAGUCUAAUGCAAUCCAAACCCACCAUGUUGGAUUGCAUAACGCCAGCAAAGGAAGAUCAAGAGAUGGAUCAAGAAUCUGAGAAUAUGCAAGAAACGCCUUUUAAGAGUCUAAUGCUAUCCAAACCCACCAUGUUGGAUUGCAUAACGCCAGCAAAGGAAGAUCAAGAGAUGGAUCAAGAAUCUGAGAACUCAGGCAAUGAUUUGCGCAAAAGUAGCGCCCCAUAUCAUCUCCAAGUUCCCAAGGCAUUUAAGUUCCCUGAAAGGUAUAGAAGCCCAACUGAUCUUAUGAUCUCACCCAUUACAAAAGGCCUUCUUGCAAGAAACAGAAAGGGUGGUGCUCUCUUGCCACCAAGUUUGAAUCAGCCCAAGCAGGUGCAAGAUGUAGAAGUUCAGGGCGGCGGCUUUCAAAAUUGAGAUAUCAAUGUU